UUCUCUAUCUCAUACAAGAACUGCUUCAUAAACACACAUGACCGCCCCCGUCAUUUUUCGUUCAGGUGCUCUCCUAACUGCCAUCGGCAUCUCGUCUGGCGCCUUCGGCUCUCACGGUCUACGCAACCUCUCCCCGCCCGUUACUGAGAGACAGAUCUCCUCAUUUUCUACAGCUUCUUCUUACCUCAUCUACAAUGGUCUCGCACUUUUAGCCAUAUCUUUCCACCCGGGCUUCGCUGUCGGCAGUGCUACUAGGAGAUACAAGUUUGCAGCUGGGAUGAUUGUGGGUGGAGCAGUUGCAUUCUCAGGAAGCAUAUUCGCGUUAGUCCUUGGAAGAGAUAGAUUUAAACAGCUGGGGCCCGUGACACCCCUUGGAGGGGUUGCCAUGAUCGCGGGAUAUAUCGCUUUGGCCUUAUAAGACCGCGACUGAAGUACUGUCAGUUGUCAGACGUAUAUGUAUAGCAUCAAUUUUCUAUGCUGUGACUCUCUGAUUCCUUUCUGCAAACAUUCUCCUGAAAGCAGCUACUUCUUCUUCACUGGGCACUAUAUCUGCCCGAUUAUCUCCCAGCCCCCCAUUUCCGCCGCUAUCCUCCUGUAGCAGCCAUUCCUCUAGCCAUCGUCUCAUGAUUUCCUCAUCUCUGACCAAUCUUCCCUUCCCUUCUUUGCCCCACUUUCGAACCCACCGCCUGGGUCCCUCGGCUUCACAUAUAUGCAUCAAUGCCAAUCGCAUCGUAAACCAAGUGGGUACGAUAGAAAGCGCUUUCAUCC